AGUCUUGUCCAAUUUUCCAACGAAAGGAGACAUUUUCCAGCUCUGAGAUAUUUACUCUAUUUCUUAAAUCAUCAUUAUACAACACCCCUUGAAUCGAACCUAUAAUUUCUUCGAGGGUUCCGAUUCGAUGAAGGCUUCUCGAGUUUUAGCCGCUGCGGCGGCGAGGGUAGGACCGGCGAUGAGGAAGCAAGUGUUAACGCUGACGGACGAAGCAGCGUCUAGGGUUCAUCAUCUCUUGCAGCAGAGGCAGAAACCUUUCCUCCGAUUGGGCGUUAAAGCGAGAGGGUGUAACGGUUUAUCUUACACACUCAAUUACGCCGAUGAGAAAGGGAAAUUUGAUGAGCUGGUGGAAGAGAAAGGUGUGAGGAUCCUUGUGGAGCCGAAGGCCUUGAUGCAUGUGAUCGGAACAAAGAUGGACUUCAUAGAUGAUAAACUAAGAUCAGAGUUCGUGUUCAUCAAUCCCAACUCCCAAGGUCAAUGCGGGUGUGGAGAAUCGUUCAUGACAACAUCUACUUCCUCGAGUGCUAAGCAGAGUUGAUAGUGUUGAUGCACUUAUCAUAUGUUACAUUGUUAACAGUCUUUGAGAAACAUAAUGCUUCUGCCAGUGAGAAUUGAGUUUUUAAUUGGCCACUUCAUCACAUGUACAUUAUAAGCAGUCUGGUUGCUUAAUGAUAUUUCUGAAGCUAUGUACAUGUGCUUGUGAUUUUCUUUAGAUCAAUUCAUGUAUUCUUUAGAACACGUUAUAAAUAAAACGUGUGGAUUAUGUAAACUAAUUUACUAACUUUUUUUUUUCUC